GUCUGAACAAGACGGUGUCCCUGCCCCGAUUUCAGGGAGUUGCGCUACUGGAAUAGUUAAUUCCAGCAAGCUGCAGAGGGCCGCAUAGCAUUAGACAGCUCCAAUUGCGCUUGCACGUAUCCUAGGAGCACAAUAUAUAUACCGCCUUGGUAUGAGAGUGACAGGCUUACAGUUACUUAAUACAACAAUUCUCUGUAAGGGCCUCGGAAUUGGCGUUCCGGCGAGAGGGCGAGAGGGCUAUAGACAGAAAACUAUCAUAAUAAGUGACUUAACGCUGCGGCGUAUGGAUAUGGGCAAGCUUUAGACUGCUGUGCUCUAAGCCUCUAUCGGCUGGGCGCCCCCUGGCUUACGGACAUGCACUCCGCCCGAGCUAACAAGAGCUCUUUUGUCCGUGUCCAAGCUGUCUUACUAGUAGUCUGUCUGGGAACCUUCGGCGUACACAGCGCAACACCUUGGGUCCCCGCAGCUGGGCGACGACUGCUGUCUUUGACUUCGCAUGCGGAGGACCCAAAUAGCUUAGCCGCCCCUCCAGACCCGUUGCGCGAUGACGGGCCAGCGGGAGGCGUAAGCAGCCGCAGUGCUAACGCCAAUAAUUUCGACGACUGGCUGUCAGGAUGGUUCUUUGCGCCAGCGACUCCGCCACCCCCGCCCCGCCCGCCACCCAAGGGCCGCACGAGCGCAAACCGCCCGCCCCCACCGCCCCCACCCGGCUCGCCCUUAGACCCCCCGGAUGCGCCCCCACCCGACAGCCUCCCUCCACCUGACGCCCCUCCACCAUCACCUGCGGUGAGCCGUGUUAAGUCCCCCAAGCCUCCGCGGCCGCCCCCUCCACCGCGGCCGCCCUCACCUGUAAAGCCACCAAGCCCGCCGCGCUCAACCUCGGUCCCCGUCGUUCGUGGAGAGACGGGAAGCCCACCGGUCUUGGAGGCUGUUCCCCCCACUGCUCCCCCUCCACCACCGCCUCCACCUCCGCCACCUCCUCCACCACCUCCGUUACACCCCUCACCGCCACCAUCGCCCCCGUCACCGCCUUUGCCACCUUCCCCACCUCCUUCGCCUCCGUCGCCCCCUCAACCCCCAUCGCCGCCACCUUUGCCACCCUCGCCGCCUUCACCGCCGCUGCCGCCUCCUUCCCCUUCGCCGCCGCCGCCUUCGCCGCCGGUACCACCUUCCCCGCCGCCACUACCCCCCUCACCGGAACCACCGUCGCCCCCACCACCCGUGCCGCCUUCGCCGCCUGUGCCGCCCUCACCGCCACUCCCACCACCCUCGCCGCUACCCCCUUCACCCCCUCCCUCGCCGCCACCACAGCCCCCCUCACCACCACGGCCCCCCCGGCCGCCCUCGCCUGCCCCGUCACCCCCCUCACCGCGGCCCUCGCCACCGCCGCGGCCGCCGCCUCCCUCACCCCCACCUCCCCCUCCGCCUUCGCCACCCCGUCCACCACCUCCCUCGCCACCACCUCCCUCACCACCGCCACGGCCACCGCCGCCCCCUCGCCCUCCACCCCCACCAUCUCCCAGGUCACCUCCCUCACCGCCCCCCUCACCGCCACCCCCGUCCUCACCUCCGCCACCUCCGCCACCGCAAUCCUCGCCGCCGCCACCCGUUGGAGACUUCAUUGACCCCGCGACCCUGCUGGACGCGCACAACUCCCUCCGCAUGCUGACCGGCGCACCCAACCUGACCUGGAGUGAUGAGCUGGCUCGCUCGGCGCAGAAGUGGAGCGAGCAGUGCGUGUUCGAGCAUUCGCUGGGCAGAUUCGGAGAAAACCUGGCCUUGGGCCUCUACAAGACCCCGCAAGACACCACCCGAGGGGUGGUCCUGUGGAACAACGAGGCGUGUCUGUACGACUGGGGCAGUCCGGGCUUCAGCCAGGCCACCGGGCACUUCACGCAGGUGGUGUGGCGGAGCAGCGUGCUGGUGGGCUGCGGCUUCCACGUGUGCCCGCAGGGGGGGGCGGACUUCCCCAACUGCAAGUCCUGCGGAGUGCUGGUGUGCCAAUACUGGCCGCCAGGGAACUAUCUGUCACAAAAGCAAUUCCAGGACAAUGUGCUGAAGCCCAACCCCAUGCCGGCGGCAUGCAGCAGCGCAAAGGGCCGGCAUUGAGGCGUGUUGGUCCUGCCCCGAGCUGCGAUGCGCCCCCCUGCGACAACUGCUGUCAUGUGCUACCUCCAUGUGGUUUGGCAUUCAGGUAUUGAUGGACAGCGGGAGCACGGAUUGUGCUUCCCGAAAGCGCAAGGGGUAACGGUGGAAAAAUUCAACGCUCUGGAAAGGACUGGGGGCGGUCGUACUUCCUGCAAUAGUCCUUCUUCUUGUGCAAGAAGAAUGUGCAACAUGUUAUCGAUUCAUGCAUUAUCCCAUGAUGAAUGCGGUAGGAUGGCAAAGAAAAAACGAAGACUGAAAACGCAUGCGCAGCAAGAGUAGCAUUGGUGGUUGAGAGGAAACCGAUUAUGGUUGCAUUGGUGCGGCCUGCUUGCUUGUGCCUUACUUGCAUUGUGUAGGAACCUUGAUUAGCGCAAAGGCGGAGCGAGAGACUAUUAUUGCAGCGAAAGCGUGCAAGGGCUCGCAAUUUUGCUGUUUUGGGCGUGAUGUAUAGAUGUACGACAUGCAGGACGGCAUGUCGUACAUUUGUUAAUGCCGUAUUUGUACUUGACGCUUGUACAUGCGGCUUCAUUGCCGCAUACAUUAUCGCAAUUCUGGUCGGUGGCAUGGCCUGCCGCGUACGGUAUGUGCGUGUGGUCGAGUUGCAGUGCUGGUGUUGUUGACAGGUGGCAGACGGGGGGCAUGUUGGUCUCGCAAUUGCCAUGGUUGCAUGCCUGGCCGCCCGCGGGCUGCCGGCGGGGCGUGCGUGCAGAGCGCACAGUGACUCGACGGCUGCUGAAAGCCUCCGAAGUGCCGCAUACGAGAUGAUUCUCAUGGCACUUUGUUCACAUCAUCCGGCAGCUGCAAAUGGCUGUUGUUUUGAUACGUUAACAGUCGUCCGACGUGUGUGAGGCUAGCGGCUGGUUAGUAUUUGUUAGAGGAGCGGCCCCGGGGAGGGCUUGUAGAAGGCCCAGGGGUAGGGCCUAAUUAGGCUUGACGGAACGUCCAGGCAAGUAGUUGUGCUGUGAUGGCAUGAAACACAUGGAACCGUAUCGCAUUCGCUGGAUUUGCUGCAGGUGUCUUCGCCGUGUUGCUUGGUAUUGUGUGGUUGCAGGAUGGCAGGAUGGCUUGAAUUCGCCGUGGAUGGUGAAUUCCACUCCAUUGCUCGCAUUGGGCGUCCUCGCAAGGAUGCAUGCGUUUUGUGGCCUGUCUAGCAGCUUCUAGGGGGUUUGUGGGCCCGAAGGGCGAACGGUCCUCAGGUUGGGUAACCUGCAGAGAGCCGCGGUGUUGUCUCGAGGACAGCAGCAAGGAUCUUGGACAAAUGGCGUGGCAACAGACAACGCAGACGCGUCGGUAUGCUGUUGGCUUUAAUAAAGGCGUAUGGUGGUCGUGGACGCUCACGUUUAAUGACGCUUUUAAGGCUAAGUCAUCUGCCAGGCGAGUCGGCCCAGGUGUGCAGGUUGUGCAGGUGCUUCCGCUCGGACACCGGAACCUGCUUGUCAGCGAAGGAUAAGGGGCAGCAUGGAUCAAGAUACGCUUAUUAGUCAUAGCACAGCUGCCUUUCAUGGACGCAUGCAAGAUCUAUUUGCAUCGGACGUGCGGGCCGCUGUAUUGCGUCCCCUUUCUUUCGCAAAUUCCUUCGCAGUGCUUCGCCGUCGCAGAUUUGGUGGGCGGCGUACGAUACCCCACACAUUGGCUUAACCAAGCUAUACAUUAUUGUAAGCAUUCUUUUUGUAAGCAUCUUUUGGGCUA